GCUCCCGCUGGGGAACCGCCCGGCGCAAAGGGGCCGGGGGCGGCGGAUCCUCGCCCUGGGGGGAGCCCCGAGCCCUGCCCGUCACUUGCGCCCCCUCCCCCCCCCGAUCGCGCCCUUGUAAACCCGCGGGUGGGGGUGGGGGGCUGGAUGGAGAGAUCUAGGGUGAGAACAAGCCAAGGAGCCAUGGCGCAUGGCCCUGCCCCCUCCUACCCCCAGGUCCCUGCGCCCCCCCAGCCAAGUCCCCACCUCCCAGACACGCUCUUCCUCCGUCCAUCAUCCACUGCAAAUCAGCUGCGGCCCCCCCCCUCCCCGUCCAAGCAACCAAUCAGAGACUAGCCCCUGGAUGGGGGCAGGGGGCUGUGCCUAAAACAAGGGACGGGAAAGGUGGGGAACCAGCCAACCCGCUCUGGGGCUUGUGGGGGGAAGGACAACGUAGUUAUAGCGCCAGGUCUUCAGCUGGGGGGAAAUCAGGGCGGCUCCAUUGAAGUUAAUGGUUCAUUUAGCCCUACAGAGAAGCACCCUUUUUAUACAGGGGCGCUGGAACAAUCUGUACAGUGGGGGUGCUGAGAGCCAUCGAACCAAACUGUAAACUCUGGACAUGAUGGAAACCACGUCAAGCCCCGGGGGGUGUGGCAGCACCCCUAGUUCCAGCACCUGUGUUUUUAUGUUUUAGUUCUGCUGAAAGUGCUGGAUUGACCAUCCCAGAUGGGAAAGUCCUGUUUAUUCGCAGAUCAGAUACAAUGCAGGCAACACCAGUGAGUUUUCUCCUUCUUACUCAACCUAGCUGCUUCUUAUGUAGCUGUAUCUAUGCUGGCAAUUUGGGGGAAAUCUUCCCCCCUCGCACUAGCCUCAGUGGUGCUAGCACUUCACAGGCCACAGCAAAUGGCGGAGGCAGGAUAUAUGCCUGUCUCAUCUAACCCUGCUCUGUGGCUGCUACCAGGGGCAGAGCAGCAUUGUUGUUUGUUUAUUUAUUUGCAUUGCCAUAAGCAUAGGAGCCGUAGUCAUCGUGUCAGGUGCUGUACAAACCCACAACAAAAGGACAGUCCAAGCCCCAAGGGACCUACAAUCUAAGUGCAGUGCAACACACAGCGAGAUUUCCCAACUACGUUGUUGCUUUCCUGGGAGGAGGGACUUAAUCGAUACCUCGGCACAAGCUUUCAAUAUUGUCUGAACUCCUUUAAAAGGAAGAACUUUAUUAACACCCCAAUUGAGCUGGGAGGAAAUAUUUGGCUGUCUAGCUCAUUUAGAAGGGAUAAUUUCAUGUGCUGUAAUAUAUACUGCUUACUGUAUUUUUCACUCCAUUCAUCUCCUGAAGUGGGUUUUAGCCCACGAAAGCUUAUGCCCAAAUAAAUGUGUUAGUCUUUAAGAUGCCACAAGGACUCCUCGUUGUUUUUACUGUUAUCUGAGAAGAUUGCACUGAUCGGGAGAGUUUUCAGAGGACAGGGGAAGAGAGUUUGAGUUUGACCCCACAAGGAUUGCCUUUCUGGUUUUCCAAGGGUGCUGCCUCUACCAGGAGCAGGAUGAUGUUGACUCUGACAGCUGAGGACAAUGGGGAGCUGUGUCUGCAAAGUGCUCAGUGCAAAAGCAGCUGUUGCCACAGGACCGACAUGUUAAGUCUGGCUCGUUGUGCGAACCGAGCAGCCGAGAAUCAGGGGUGUUCCCCCAAGAGCAUCUAUGGGGUUUACUACAAGUGUCCCUGUGAGAAUGGUUUAACCUGCGAGACCGAUAAGAGCAUCGUGGGAUCCAUCACCAACACCAACUUCGGCAUCUGCCAGGAUCCUGGGAGCUUGUCCAAGUAAAAGUGGAGUAACAGCAUAGGAAAUGUUCCCGCGCCCCGCAGCCGUCACCCCCUUCCCACGCCCACGCCCCACAGCCAUCACCCCUUCCCAUGCAUGCAUCCCUCCUCUCCACCAUAUCUACUGUAUAUACCAGGCACCUCUUCCCAUUCUCCUUUCUCUGCACCUCUCACUCCACAACAUGCAGAUACCUGGCUCAUUAUCCCCAAACCCCUUUCCACCCAACCCACACAUUGAUCCCUCUUGCUGUCACCAACACCUGCACCCGUUCUUCCACACCGCACGCGCACAUACCUAACCUCAGCUCUGCUGGAGUAACGCACAGAGAUCCUGAAUGACAUUUGAUUAUCGGGUGUCCCUCUGUGCUGGGUCUGACAAUUCAGAACACCCUUCCCAUGUAUCUGGGUGAAACAAGAACCGCAUCAGUUCAAUACCCUCCAAGAGUCAUUAUUGUCUCUCCCCCAGCCCUCAAAAAUAACUACCUGCCUCUAUCGCACGUUGUAUCUUCAGAUUUCAGAGUAGCAGCCAUGUUAGUCUGUAUUCGCAAAAAGAAAAGGAGUACUUGUGGCACCUGAGAGACUAACAAAUUUAUUUGAGCAUAAGCUUUCGUGAGCUACAGCUGGCUGCAGUCCCCUUCCUGGUGCCCCCUUCUGAAUCCCAUUGUUCAUAAGCUGUGCCAACCUCACCCAGCCUUGGCCCUGAUUUCUCACUGAUUACAUCAUUGUCUCUCUUUCUGCAAAAACUGCCCGGCUUCUCCAUGGGACUGCAGCAACUCUUCUGCUCAUCCACGUCACCCUAACCGAUCCGGCUGGGGAUGGGCGGGGGGAAAGGCACUCUUGUGAGAUCAGGCAUCGUUCCCCAUCUCCUCCAGUUAAUGCAGAGAUAGCUAGGCCAGGAUCUGUUCCAGGAACCAAGAUAGAGAGAGCAAAGGGCCUGUAGCAGGUGGGAAGGGAGAGGUUGGGAGGAAGAUAGGGUAGAGGGGACUUCAGACCAACUCAAAGAAGGCUCGUGCCUUGGGCAGAACAAGGUUGGAGAGGGAUUUCCUUUCUCUAGGUGAAGUCCACCCCGGCACAAUGGGUACUUCAAGUGGUGCAAAAGCCCUGGUUCGGGGUGAAUUAAUCUCCUAGACUGAUGCUUGCUCAGUAUUAGUGCUGGGCAUAGAACUGCGAUCAGUACUGUAGCUGGUUAACUCAGCCAGUCAUUCUCCCUGUGGACUACACGGAACAGAUUGCAAUUACCUCAGAUUGAGUCCAUCACUGAAAUCAUUCAGCUAGCAGCUUUUUUUUGCUCUCCAGCCAGACCUCAUCUCCCAGGAUGCACCGUGGCCACACAACUCCUACAAUGCACUGCCUUUCCUCCCCCUGAGAGGAGAUCAAGGUGCAUUGUGGAAGACUGAGUCCAAUCAGGGAGCCUGGUCUACAGAGGUGAAUGGGAGCAUGAGACACCCAAACUACAAUUCCCAUGAGGCACCGCAGUAGCCUUUCAGAAUUGAACCAUUUUGGUUUUCAGCCAAAAUACUUCAGACUUUGAUUUUUCUUUCUCUCCAAAAAUCAAAUUUUUCUGCAGGGAAAACCCCCAUUUUCUGACUCCCCUCUAGUGACACCUCCUCCUAAGUGGUGUUACCCGAGAGCUCUAUGCAUGUGUAUAUAAUCCGUAAUCAUGUGUAAAUAGUUAAUAGGUAAGGGGCCAAUAGUGGGCGGAGUCCCUGGAUUUUGUAGGACAAAUAAAACUUGUUAGCCUUGUGCAUUGCAAAUGGCUUUCUUAGUGCAAGCUCUUCACAAUCACUGUUAAUCUAGCGUCAGAAGUGAGAGUUGUUUGCUCCUCUGUUGUGUCACGCUAGCAAUGGCCGUGAGCAGCAUUUCACCCCCUGCUGCACACUUCUGCCCACACUGGAGCUUUGCCUGAUUUUUUUUCUUUUUUAGAAAGGGAGUCGUGUAUAGGAAUAGGGCAGUACCCCUUUAAAUAGGUUGUCUGCCCUCCAGUGGUGCUCAUUGUAUCCCAUGUUUCA